AUGGCGGGGUUUGAAGCAUGGGAACAAGAGGAUUCAAUGAUCAUGUCUUGGUUAUGGAAUUCCAUGAUUCCUGAAAUCAGCGAUACAUGUAUGUUUCUUCCUACAGCAAAAGCAAUUUGGGAUGCCCUUCAUCAGACAUAUUCCAAGGUUAAUGAUGCAGCUCUUAUCUAUGACAUCAAGACAAAGACAACUGGAGCAAAACAAGGGACAAAAACAGUGACGGAGUAUGCCAAUUUUCUGCAAAACCAGUGGCAGGAACUGGAUUAUUAUAGGACACUUGAUUUGAACUGUAGCAAAUGUGCAGCAUUUAUCAAGAAGUUCAUAGAAAGGGAUCAAGUUUAUGAUUUUUUGGCUGGCCUAAACUCUGAAUUCGAUCUUGAACGAAUUCAAAUUCUGGGCAGGCCAGAAUUUCCCUCUUUAACAGAAGCAAUAUCUCAGGUACGUGGAGAAGAAAGUCGCAGGGGUAUUAUGUUAGAGCUACCUUCAAUAGAAAAUUCAGCCCUUUUAAGUUCCAAACCUCAGCGGUUGGUACUGAACAAGGUUGCUGCGGACAAGACCAAUCAAACAAGUGGGCAAAAGAAUCGCGAGGAGUUGUGGUGCACAUACUGCAAGAAACCAUGA